AUGUGGGACACUGCAUACUUGAAAAAAGUGACUCUGGUUUCGUUUUUCUUUCUUGCGGUUGAAUAUAUGGAAUAUUUUUCCAUAAAAAAGGGACAUAAAUAUGAACACACAAGUGCCUUUGAGCAACACAAAUCCUCUACUUUAAGUACCCACUUGAGUGUAAAUCCGAAUCAAAAAAAUUUUUUUUACGAUUUUUUAAAAGUGUUCUCAAUACACAGAGAAAUUAGUGGUAUACCUGAUAGUUAUUCUUAUGAUAUACCACUAAGUGCAAGUGGCAUCAUAAAAACGCAUAAAAAUAAAGCUGAUAAAAUAAACAAACAUAAAGAAAAUAACCUUCCUAUGAACAACAAUAAAGUGCACUUUCCUGAAAAAAAAAAAAAAAGUUGUUCUAAAUCAUUCACAUCAUCCCUAAUCGGUGCAAAGAACAACAACUAUUCACAUAUUGAUGAGGACGAUUUUUAUGAAAAUGAAAAGGAGAAAAAUUCAUCUCCCCUCAAUGGAAAAUUUACCAAACGCAUUAAUGUGCUUCUUUUUAAAUUACUUGAUGAAUGCACACAAUUGAAAUCAAAAUUGAUACACAUAUUUGAAUUUUUUCUCACCAAAAUAAAAACAUUGAAAAUAAAUUCAUUUCACUCCAUAAGCAUACCAAAUAAUGGUGCACAUACAUUUAUUAAUGAAAAUAAAUUUUAUAACAAUUCUUUGUAUGAUCCUUAUGUACCUUCUCAAAAUGAAUACAUAAUUAUUCAUGAAGAAUUGUUGCCUUUUCAUUAUAUUAACUCUGAACAUGUCGAAGUAAUCAAUCAUGAGAAUGUCUCAAAUGGUAGUGUUACUUCUGAGAAUUCAGAAAAAUGCGAAAAUAUUAUUUCCAAGUUUGACCAUUUAGGGCGAGGGACAAUGGAAUGGUCAACCAAAAUGAUAGGCAGAAGGUUAUCAGACAAAGCGCACUUAAUAAAAGAUGGGGGUAACGGCCGUGGUGAUAGAGAUAAAGAUAAAGAUAAAAAAGGAGAUGACGAUUCCUAUAAAGAUUACUCCAGAACAAAUGGAUUCUUAAUGUUCUAUGAUGAUGAUGAAGAUCAAGGUAAGAAAAAGAAAAGAAGUUGCAGGAUAUUAUCAACAGAAUGUACAUUAAAAAUUGUAGGAGAAAUAGAAAACGAUGAAGGAAAAAAAAAAUUUUGUAAACUUUGCAGGAAAUUAGCAGAAGAGUCUCCAAAAUCUGAGAGCAACGAUAAUAAUAAUGAAGGCGAAAAAAAAGAUGAAAUAAAUGAAGGGGAGAAAAAAACAGAUGGUAAAGAUAGCAAUGGUAAACAGAUGAUACAGUGUAGGAUUUUGCUAGAAGAUAGUGAGCAUCAAUUUUUCUCAUUUAAUCACUCAGAUAGUAAAAAAGGAAGUAUAUGGGAUGAACAAAAUGGUGGAAAUGGAACUAACAGUAGAAAAAUUAGGAUCCUUUCUGAAGAAAAUUCUCCAUAUGACUCAGAUGGAGAAAAAAAUGAGGGUGGAGAUGGAAAGAAGGGUGAUAAGGGUGAUAGGGGAAAUGAUUCUGAUAGUAGAAAUCUUAGGAUGCUGUCUGAAGGAGACUCACCAUAUGACUCAGAUGGAGAAAAAAAUAAGGGUACAGAUGGAGAUGGAAAGAAGGGUGAUAAGGGUGAUAGGGGAAAUGAUUCUGAUAGUAGAAAUCUUAGGAUGCUGUCUGAAGGAGACUCACCAUAUGACUCAGAUGGAGAAAAAAAUGAGGGUGGAGAUGGAAAGAAGGGUGAUAAGGGUGAUAGGGGAAAUGAUUCUGAUAGUAGAAAUCUUAGGAUGCUGUCUGAAGGAGACUCACCAUAUGACUCAGAUGGAGAAAAAAAUGAGGGUGGAGAUGGAAAGAAGGGUGAUAAGGGUGAUAGGGGAAAUGAUUCUGAUAGUAGAAAUCUUAGGAUGCUGUCUGAAGGAGACUCACCAUAUGACUCAGAUGGAGAAAAAAAUGAGGGUGGAGCUGGAAAUAAAGGUAAUAACAACGAUAAUGGAAAUGAUGGAAAGGGUGGAAAUGGAUCUAAUAGUAGGAUUAUUAGGGUUUUAUCUGAACAAGGUUCACAAAAUGAUAAUUUUAAUAACCAUGGCCUUUUUCCAGGAAAUGUAAUGAGUAAAGGUGGUGGUGGUGGUAAUGGUGGAAAUGGUGGAAAUGGUGGAAAUGGUGGAAAUGGUGGCAAUAAUGAAGGAAAUGGUUCUCAUGGUAGACAUUUUAGGAUUUUAGGAGUGGUAGGUUUACCAUCAGACGAUACUCGCUACGACUCAGAUGAUGGAAUGGGAAACGGAGGGAAUCAAGUUGAUAAUAAUGGUGGAAAUAAUGGAGGAAAUGGUUCUAAUGGUAGACAUAUCAGGGUUUUAUCAGAAGGCGAUAUACCGAAUGAGGAUGAAAAGAAUGAAAAUUAUAACCCACCAGAUGGAUAUAUUAGACCAUAUAUAUGUGCUACAGGAGGAGAUAGAACUAGUGGACAUCAUUUGGGUAAUAAAAAUGGCAGAUGUUUAUCAGAGGACAAUUCUGCACCUACAGGUAAAUUUCUUAACAACAGAGUGGAAAAUAAGGAAAAAUUAAAUCUGAAUAUAAUAACAGGGAAGAAUAUGAAUAGUAAAAAGGAUAUAACAUAUACUAGAGAUAUUAAAAAAGAAAUAGUGGGUGAUUCAGAAGAAGAAAAGGAAGAAAGGAGCCAAAUGCCACGAGACAAGGUUAACAAAUCAAUGGAACAUAAAAAAUAUGAAAUUGAUGAGGAAGAAGAGGAGGAAGUAGAAGAAGAAGAGGAAGAGGAAGAAAGAGGAAAACACAGAACAAAUGAAAUUCAUAAGCCUAAGUUUUAUCCUCAUGACAUAAGUGAAACGCUGGAAUCGAUAAAUAACAUUUUUGAGGGUUCCGAUAACUCAGGUUUGGGAAGAAAAGGUGAAAAAAAGAAUGGUCUAGUUUUGGGUUCUAUGCACGAUUUGGGUCAUUCCCCAAAACUUUCCAACUCUGUCAACUUAAUCAAUUUGUCAAAUUCAACAAUUCCCGUAGAUUACCCUCAUUACAAUUAUCUGUUCAUGGAAAGUACAUAUAUAUACAGGAAAGGAAAUUACUAUUUUAUUAACCCUGGCCCAUUUAAUAUAAUAAAAAUGAAGCAUCCAGAAGGGGUGCACCCUCAUAAAGGCAGCUAUGAUUAUGUGAAUUGUUAUUCUAGCUCAUUUAACAGCAAAUACAAUAUAAAAGGGAAUAUGGAAUAUGCAAGUAGGAAAAUAAAACAGAUAGAGGAGUUCGUACCAGGUUCCUUAACUGGUUUUAAAAGUAAUGAUGGAUAUCAAAGAUUACUUAUGCCGUCAUUUAUACCAGAUGACACAUUUUUGCAUUGUGCAUUUGUAAGUGAAAUGAGUUAUGGAAUAAUGGAUGGGAAAGAUCGAAUUGAUAGAAACGAAUCUUACCCUUUGAAAAUUUAUUUGAAGAAAAAUUUAAACAAGACAAAAGGAUGUUCCUUUCAAAUAAAUGAAGGAAACACAUUUUACAAAGAAUAUGCACAGAGAGAGUCGUUUUUAAGUAAUAAAAUAAUUCUAAGUGACAAAAACAGAAUGAACGAAUGUGUCAUACAAGCGUCAAAUGAAAUUGUGGGAUUUCAAUGUGGACCACCAUACAUGACACAUAAAAAAGAAAACAACUUUAUGAAUAAUUAUAAUCGUACUUAUGAAAAAAAUGAAAAUAAUAUGAUAAAUCAAGAAUUUUCUAAAGGAGAAUUUUUCCAAACGGAUCCUCCAAACUGCUUUGAAUAUGUGAAUGAAAAUCAGAACGUCAAUGACAUUUUACCUGGCAGCUUUCCAUUUCCUAGUUCUAGCACUUUGGAUAGACAAAUUCCAACACAUCAUACCAGGUAUAUUAAAUUAGAUAAAUCUAGUGAAAAUAAAAUUAUUUCAUGUUAUUGUAAUUAUUAUAAGGAGAAUAAUAUUGUGUUCUCUGGUAAGAUAGUAAUAAAAGUACAACCAAGUCAGCAAAAGCUUUUAAGUAGCAAAAGUGGUAACUUAGGAUUGGAAAGGGAUAAAAUAAAAGUUUCUUCAGAGGGGAAUAAGCAGGAGGACGGUUCUAUGGAUGAGUUGCAUUUUGCUAACGAGAAAAGGAGUUUCAAUAAAAAUGCAAAUGACGUUAGCAACACAGAGGAUGGAGGCCAUACACAUGAUAAAGUUAACUACGAUCACAUUGAUACAGAUUAUACAGUAGAUCCGAGGAUGAAGAAGAAUUUACUCACCGAUUUUAAUUUCAAACAUAAGGAAGGAAUAAAUAGUAUUUUAUUUAAAAAUAAAAGCGGUAUACCAUCUUUGAGUUAUGAUAUUAUUGAGAAAUUUAGUAAUAUACUUAAUGGAGAAUAUGUUGAAAAGACUUCAGAUGAAGAUGAGAUGGAUAAAGAUACAUACAUAGAUUUUGAUGAUAUUGACGGAAAUACUCUCUUCGAUGUUGAUGAAAACAUGAUGAACGAAAGCACACCAUCCAAAUAUAAGCCAAUAGAUGAUAGUGUCGAUUUCCAAGAUAGUGUAUUGCAUGCAGGAAAAUCACAAACUAUUGCUGUAAUUAACAAGUCUAAAAAUGUUAAACUCGUAUUACCAAAGUUAAAUUCCAAGAAAAAAACUUAUAAUGGUGAACAUACAAUCCCACAUCCUAAAUUUAUCUCAGUGUUGUAUGAGGAGAAGCCUAAUGAACAUGAAAAAGUGAAUAAGUCAUUCAAACUGCUCAAGGAAUUUUUCCCUCCUUUGCUUAAACGGUCUAAACAUGAACAGAUAGACAGGUCAAAUGAACAAAGUGAGGGAGAUUUAGAUGAACAUGGUCUAGAGGAUGAAUAUGAACUGAUGGAUGACCCUGAACAAGAAGAAUAUGAUCUAAUGGAAGAAAUGAAAGAUGAAUAUGACAUAGAAGAUGCAGAAUAUAUGGAAGUAGGGAAAGAAUCGAAGCAUGGAAAAGACUCCAAGGAUGAGAAAGACAUGGAAACUAUGCAUGAUUUAAUGUAUGAAGAAUAUAAUAAAUUUUACAACUAUAAAACAAGUGAUCCAUCUGACAUAAAUGCAGAUAAAACUUCUAAUUCAUUAAGUGACGAAAAAAAUGAGGAUAUAAAUGUUACAGUAUCUGGGGAAAAUGAAAAGAAACAGAAGGGAAAAAGCAGGCGUUCAGAAAAGAGUAAAAUGACAGACGCUGUAAAGGACUCAGGACAUGGUGACAAAUUUCUAGAGGAAAAAAAAAUUCCAAAAGAAGAUCUAAGCCGAAAGAGACGAGCGAAACAUGCAAGUAGUGAAAAACAAAACAAACGGGGUAAAGGAGUAAAUGACGCAAAUGAACAGAAUGACUUAGAGGGAGACAAUAUUAAGGGACCAUCCAAUGACGAUAAAAAUGAGAUAGAGGAAAAAACAAAUGAUGAACGCAUUGGAAACCAUUCUGACGGAAAUAUAUACAGCAAAAAUGAAGAAAUAUAUAACAAACAGAUCGAUGGAAAUAAUAGGGAAUUACACAACGAUCUGGAAGAUGUAAUAAAUGGCGAAAUUGAUGGUGAAAGAACAUCGGAAAAUGUAGAUGAAAAGAAGGGAGGUGUAGAUAGGAGAAAAACAGACAAAGAUUCUGAAAAUAAAGAAGCACAUGGAAACAAGACUUCUGAGGAAAGGAGGAAAAGAAGGAUGAGAAAAAGGAUAAGAAGAAAACUCAGAAAAGAAUGA